AUGCAUCAUAUUGCAUACAUCAUCUUGUCUUUACUACCAUGUUUUUCAUUUUGCUUCUUGGCUCUUCCCGUUGAAAAAUACAAUGCUCGGCAACAAGCUUUAUUGACCUUUAUCUUGGUGUGCGAUUUGGGGAUCCCAUUCUACUUUGCUGGCACCUAUACCCCAGCGAUUGGAAUGUGUACGGCAGUGAUCUCAUGGGUCAGUGGUCUCAAGAUGGCAGUAUGGCUCUUCUGCAUGCCACAAGAAGAACGACGCAAACGUCCCUUUUACGGCACUCUCUUUUAUUGGCGUGAUCGUCCAAAGUCAACAUCGUCGGCAUCGGUUGAAGUCGCCCAUGACAAAGUGAAUGGCAAUGCAGGUCCUCCUUCGAAACCAGCCACGUCGUCGUUGCCAAGCAAGCAGGAGAAUCAAACCCGCGUCGUAUCGUUGAGGAGGUUUCUAUGGAGCUUUGUAAAGCACGAGGUCACUUUUAGCCUUUUACAUGUGGCAAUAUGCAGUCUGGAUCGUCAUCAGGCUAUCGCUGUGUUCCAGCAUGUAGUGGAUUUCUUUCAACUACGAACAACAACUUGGCAUAAGGAACUCACUCCAAGUGCAAUCAUGUCAAGCUUUUGGUUGUGCAGCAUGUUCUCCAUCUACUUGCAAGGCCAAAUGCAGCUGACUUACGACUUGUUCCUCAUCACCUUUGGUAUCACGUAUCAUAUCCUUCCAUGGUUACGGAUGAAAUGGGUUCAACAAGGCGUUGUCAAGGACUACAUUGAGCAAGCUGCCGACAUGCCACCUGCUUUUGAUUCUCCUUGGGCAUCCACCAGUCUGCGGGAUUAUUGGAGUAAUCGAUGGCACAAGUUUUACAAUGCAUGUUUCUAUCGCUUAGCGUAUCGUCCGGUACGACGUCUUUGUGGAGGGAUUCCUUUACUCAGAAAAAGUUUACCCACUUGGGCUGUCUUUGUACUAUCGGGUCUUAUGCACGAAUAUUAUUUGUACUGCGCAGCAGGGCCAGCAUUAUACUUCUCGGGUGCAGGUGGAUGGCAGCUGAUAUUUUUCUCGAUUCAACCCAUUGGUAUCCUCAUUGGUGAUGCAUUCUUUUCGUCCGGCUGGCCGGGACGAUUGUGGGCUAUUACAUGGAUGGUGCUCAUGUCGCAUUUGUUUGUGAUACCAUUUUUAUUGUGCAACUACUUUGACACUUUGGUUGUACGCGCUUCCCCUUUAGAUUCAUUGCUCUUUUCUACAUUCCUCGACACCGCUAACAGUGAUAUCCUUAAUGACUUGUCCUCAUAG